AUGGCGGCGUCGGCUAAUUGGCGCGCGAUUCUGGAGGCGAUUAAAUUGAUAGGACUCGCUGAGAAUGUCGAGAAACUUAAAAAUCACGAGAAGCAGAGAAACUCUGUCAUUCUUAUGCUCACCAGUGCAAAUAGCAGAUUUAGGGCAACGAGCGCCGACUGGGUGGUAGAGAAAGAGCUCUCAGCUGUCUUAGAUGCGGUCAUUGCGGCCAAAAAAGCGAAAGAUAUCGAGCUGGAGAAACUUUUGCGCGAAUUUCUCAAGGUCACAGUCUUUCCACCGAGUAUGUUCCGAUCGUAUAAGGGGAAGGAGGACGACCGUGAAGACCAGCCGGAAGAAAAGAAGGUGAAGCUAGAGCCACCUAAGCUUUGGUCGAAGCUAAGGGAAAUUGGCGAUCGGCCAGAGCAUGCUCGUGUACUGAUGGAAUCACUGACCACGUACGGCAGGUCGUUGAUGACGGGGCCCUAUUUAAAGAUACUUGUUUCCUGCUCGUUCGCUUCCGAAAUCGUUCCAGAUCCAUCAAGACUAACGACUGCGCAUUGUCAGCUUCUCGGGACGUUUGUGAGCGUUGUCGACAGAUUUCGAUUCCAUGUGAAAGGGAAUCGUCAAUCUUACAUCGGCCGCUUCAUCAAGAACUCACUUCAUGCACUGAUCGUCAAUGAGGAGGUCGAUCUAAUCGAGCUCGAAGAUCUCGUCAAUCUCGUGGCGGAUAUGGACUCGGCGAUCUUGCAACCCCUCAAUCCAAUCCUUUGGACUCGCUGGAGAAAGGGGGACCUGAUUUCUGUGAUGACGCGGGUCUGCGCCUUCUACAACAAGACACAGUCAUCGAAAAGACUCUUCGGGAUGGUGUUUAGCGUAAAUUUCGAGGAUGAUUGUGACAAUUUGAGCGCGCUUUUCGAGCAACCUUUCAAAGCGCUUACUCGCCAAUGGCUUCCGUCCGCGCUUAUCGCUGACUUGGAGUAUCUCACCAGGACGGCUCUAAAUAUUUUUAAAUCGCCCGAGAACGAGAGGAAAAUCUACAAUAUCCUCAAUAUAAUCAUUACUGUGAUUUGCUACGAGCUCGAAUGCCUCGAUAUCAAUGGACUGACGAUAGCGGAGCAGGACGAGCGAGAUCUUACGUGCAUCCUCGCAAAUAUACUUUCUAUCCUUGAACAGUAUCAUAUUCGAUCUGGUUCCUUUUGGGUCGAACUUGCGGCAAAAUACUGGAAAGUGGAAAAGGCAAGGCGAAUGUUCCUGUGUGAGCACGAGUAUGAAGUAAAGUUUCUAAGCGAAAAUUGCUGCGAAAAACUCAAAUCAAUUGAGGAGCAUUUACUUCCAAAAGCAGGUGUCCAAGCAAUGGCUGAGCUCCUUAUUUUGCGACUAGAAUGGGCAGUAAUCCACGAACUAAACGUCAAAAAGCACACGAAGAGACUUCAGCUUUUCUUCGAAACAAACAAGACUCAAAUGUCGCCGUAUUCUCAAGAAAUCCUACUUCGCUUAGUCCCAGAAGUAUUUGAGUUUUGUCCGAAGAACGCUACCCAGCUUGUUAUUCGCCUGAUGGAAAUGGACUUCGCUUUGCUCGUAACGGAGAUCUUUGCAGCCUCUCUACCGAUUCUUGAGCGAGUUUCGACAGCGAUUAUUGACUCCGAAAAUGAAAAACUGGCGCGCAUGCUUCCCCUCACAUUUUUAUCCACGAAUAAGAAACUAGAACUAUUUAAAGAACGCUUGAGUUUCACCUCUGAAGGCCUACAAACCGCGUAUAAAGUGCUUACUCACUCGAACUCGAUUGGGGAAAGAAAAGCGUUGAAGGCAUUUGAACUUGGCGAUGAAUUCUUCAAUGCUAUGCGAAGCGAAGAAGUAGCGAGUCAAAAUAAUUAUCUUAUUUUGGAUGAGCUUGCCAAUAUGUCUGCGGAAUGCGCCUUCCACUCAGCAGAGGCAAGCGAUAUUCUCUCAGCAAUAGAUGAGAACUUCGACGACGAAAGAAUAGUGCAUAGCUUGAUAAAGGAGCUUCGCAAGAGAUUGUACAAAGGAGACACUGGGAAUGUAGAGCUUUGGCCUUUGAUUAAAAAGAUCUUUGAGUUGAAUCUAACAAGCCGUUUCACUACUUACAGCGAUGCGUUGGACUUACUUAUAUAUUUAUUUUCUUCCGGGCGCGAGAAGGCGAAAUUCAGCGCCGAGCAGUUAAAAAAACUGGAGUUAUUGACUAAACUAGUCACGACAAAGAUGGAAUUUUGCCAAACGCAAGAAGAACUCGGAGAUCUGUCAAAUAUGCUGAAGCGUAUUUUUGAUAUUUUGGAUCGUUGUGGCGAGAAUAAUGCGCUGGACCUUUUGCGGAAAGAGAAACACCCAGUGGUAAUUGGAGUGGUGUGGAAAUAUUUGAAGCGCAAUCAAAUCACAAUUAGACUGCGGAUGAUGCCAGCCGAUAGACGAACGCUUGAAUUACAGCACGUGGUGGCGGCGAUUUCUCGACAGGAGGCCAGAAUUGGAACCCUGACUACUGCCACGAUGGGCAACUACGUCUUCAUGGCCAUGAUAAUGCAGCAGAUAUUCACGCUCAAGAUCAAUAUAUCCCGCGUCCGUUUACAAAGAAUACUCGACAUCGCUAUGGAUUUACCGGAAGAGUUAACCGAAAGUCAUUUGUACUCAUUUAUUGGUAUUUUGGACACGAUGCUCACUAUGGAAAAACUUAGAAAGAAACUGUGUCAACUUGCACCGUUGAUUGUCGCCGCAGUUAAAAUGUAUAUCGUCGCGAUCUUGGAGUUGAAGAAUGCUGCUGAUUUAGUUGAGCCUUUGCGGAGACUUUUACAGAGCAUAUCGAAUAAUUCUCAUUUGAGCGAGAAAAUUGGAAAACCGAUGGGCUUCAUUCUUGAGCCAUUUCUCAGCUUGGCAAUUAAAUUCCCUGAGGUGAACAAUACGGUGGAGUGUUUGAAAUUGUUGUACAGAAUUGGCUCAGAAGUGCAGGUCAAGAGCCAUUUCGCUGCGCUUCCAGUCGCCUUCAGAAAGAAAGCGUCAGAGACAUACAAAAUGUGGCAGAACGAAUGUGGGAAGAACAAAGCCAAUGUUCAGUUUAUGUCUGUUUGA